CACCAUUCAGGUGUAGUGUUGUCCAAGAUGGCGGAACAGGUGACAAAAAAUCCGGGUUUAGAAAUCGGUCUGAAGAAAACAGAGCUUAGCGACAACUCCGGAGACAAUCUGGACAAUGAGCUGGUGGAAUUGAAUCUUGGGGAACUCGACCUGACCUCGGAUGAGUUCAUUUUGGACGAGGUCGACACGCAUAUUCAGGAGAACUUGGAAGAUGAGCUGGUUAAGGAGGCCCUCAAGACAGGUGUGGAUUUAAGACACUACUCCCGACAGGUGGAAAAGGAACUGCAGCAGGUGGAAAAUGCCUCCAUACAGGACUACAUCAAGGAAGCCCACAACAUCGCCAGCCUGCAUAACCAGAUCACUGCGUGUGACUCCAUCCUGGAGCGGAUGGAACAGAUGCUGAGCGGGUUCCAGACAGACCUGAGCUCCAUCAGCUCGGAGAUCCAGAGUCUGCAGGACCAGUCACUGUCCAUGAACAUCAAGCUCAAGAACAGACAGGCAGUCCGGGGUGAGUUGAGCCAGUUUGUGGAUGAGCUGGUGGUGCCAGAGGUCAUGGUCAAUGCAAUCCUGGACGCUCCUGUCACUCAGAGACAGUUCCUGGAGCAGCUACACGAACUUAACCACAAGAUCAACUUUGUGAAGGAGCAGUCUUUCAAGGAGGCUGUGGCUUGUCGGGAUGUUCAGGACAUCCUGGAGAAACUCAAGCUCAAGGCCAUCACCAAGAUCCGAGAGUUUCUGCUGCAGAAGAUCUACCAGUUCAGGAAACCCAUGACUAACUAUCAGGUUCCACAGAAUGCGAUGCUGAAGUUCCGCUUCUUUUAUGAGUUCCUGUUGGCCAACGAGCGCCAUGUGGCGAAGGAAUGCCGAGACGAGUACAUCGACACCAUGAGCAAGAUGUACUACUCCUACUUCAAGGGUUACACCAGCAGACUGAUGAAGCUACAGUAUGAAGAAGUAGCAGACAAAGAUGAUCUAAUGGGGGUUGAGGACACCGCCAAGAAGGGCUUUUUCUCCAAACCUUCGCUGAAAAACCGCUCCACCAUUUUCACCCUCGGAAACAGAGGCAACAUCAUCACGUCCGAACUAGAAGCACCGAUUAUCGUACCACACGCAGCACAGAAAUCCGAGACACGGUACUCCUUCGAAAGCCUGUUCCGCAGCCAACACUUUGCUCUCGUCGACAACGCCUGUUGCGAGUAUUUGUUUUCGGUGGAGUUCUUCUUGGUGCAAGGGUCGCCAGCGCAGGACUUGUUCAACGCCGUGUUCGGCAAAACGUUGUCAAUGUUUCUGAAACACAUGGACGUUUACACAAGCGACUGUUUUGAUGCCAUCGCCAUCUACCUGUGCAUACACAUCAUCUAUCGCUACCAAGUCUUGAUGCACAAGAGAAUCGUUCCCGCGCUCGACAAGUACUGGGAAACGUUACUGGAAGUUCUGUGGCCUCGCUUUUCGUACAUCCUGGACCUGAACAUUCAGAGCAUCAGAGACUGUGAUCCGCAGAAGCUGGGUUCCAUCGACGUGAGACCGCAUUACAUCACGCGACGGUACGCUGAGUUCUCGUCAGCCCUGAUAAGUCUGAACCAGACGUUUCCCGAUGAACGUGUGGACCAAUUGCUGGCACAGCUACAAGCAGAGGUUGAGAAUUUCAUCCUGCGCAUGGCGGCAGAGUUUCCCCUGCGGAAGGAGCAGCUGGUGUUCCUGAUUAACAACUACGACAUGAUGCUGGGGGUCCUGAUGGAGCGCACCAGCGAGGAGUCCAAGGAGACUGAGAGCUUCCAACAGCUGCUGCAAGCCAGAACACAGGAAUUUGUAGAAGAGAUUCUGGCGCCCCACUUCGGAGGCAUGAUAGCUUUCGUGAAGGAAACGGAGGGUCUCCUGGAGAGGGGGCAGACGGACCAAGUAAAGAACCAGGACGCACGCAUCACCAAGCUGGUCAGGGGGUUUGCUGUCAACUGGAAACAAGCCAUCGAUGUCAUCAACCAAGAAGUCAUGCGAUCCUUCACCAACUUUAAAAAUGGGACACAGAUUUUACAGGUGACCUUGACUCAGCUGAUCCAGUACUACCACCGGUUCCAGAAGGUCCUGUCCCAGGCACCCUUCAAGGGUCUGCAGGUCCGCGGCGAGCUCAUUAACAUACACCAUGUCAUGGUGGAGGUCAAGAAGAACAAACCAACCUUCUGAAGCACCCCCCUCCCCCUAAAUUGUUCUUUUACACAGAGCCUUGUCUGCAGCCUAUACUGUAUACAAUAUACCUUUCACCAUUUCUCCUAAAUGUUGU